GUGGAAUUGUUUGCAAGGUCUCAGUGAAGAAUGUCUUUCCCACGUUAAUACAUCUGCUUCGCAUGUUUCUAAUAGUACAAUUUUAGCAGAUAUCAUAAAGCUACUGAUAGUGCAUGAUGGGUAAGGCACAUGUCCUCCAGUACCACAACCGGCCACUUCGCGACCUGGAACCGCAUGUCUUCGCAGUAGCCGAGGCUGCUUACGCCCACCUGCAGCAAACCAGCGCUCCGCCCCUUCCAAAUGCUACGCCCACAAGUAUCACGCCGCCCCCAGUACACAGGAACCAGAGCAUAGUCAUCAGCGGGGAGAGUGGGGCGGGAAAGACGGAGACAACCAAGUUCAUAUUGCAGUAUCUGUGCAGCGUCACUCAAGGCGUAUCAACAUGGGUGGAGCAGCAGAUUUUGGAAGCGAAUACUAUUUUAGAAGCGUUCGGAAACGCGAGGACGGUGAGAAACGACAAUUCCAGCAGGUUCGGAAAAUUUAUGCAAGUUUGUUUCGAUUCGAGAUGGAUGAUAGCCGGAUGCAUUAUACAGGACUACCUCUUGGAACAGUCGAGGUUAACAUUUCAAGGCCCAGGAGAAAGGAACUAUCAUAUCUUUUAUCAGCUAAUCGAAGAGGCGAAGCACGACAAAGAUUUUGCAUCUCAACUAUAUCUGAGGGACGCAACAUUCUACAAUUACCUCAACCAGUCCGACAGUAUAGACAUAGAAGGUGAAAGGCGACGAUUGGAUAGCAUCAGAUUAGCCUUCAACGUUCUUCAAGUUCCUUCGAAUAAAUGCCAAGGAAUAUUUCAAACUUUGUCUGCCAUUUUGUGGUUGGGGAAUUUGCGAUUCGAGGACAUUGAUGGAGAGAGAUGUUGUUUGGCGAAAGGUGAUGCAGAAAUCAUUGAAAUCCUGUCCAAAUUGUUGGGAUUGGAUGUUGAAGAUAUACAGCAGGUUGUGUUACUGAGGCAGAUCAAUGUGAGGGGGAACAUCACGGAAAUUCCACUGAAAAUACAAGAGGCGAGGGAAAACCGACAUGCAAUGGCUAAAGCCCUUUAUUCACGUACGUUUGCGUGGUUGAUAAACCACAUAAACACUUGCACGAAUCCAGGACAGGACUCGACCAGAUUCUUGGGUGUCUUGGAUAUAUUCGGAUUUGAAAAUUUUGCUGUCAAUUCCUUCGAGCAGCUUUGCAUCAACUACACCAAUGAAAAACUCCACAAAUUCUUCAAUCACUAUGUGUUUGCCUUGGAGCAGGAAAUUUAUACUCAGGAAGAGAUUCAAUACAACCACAUAAGCUUUACGGAUAACACUUUAUGCCUGGAAUUAUUAGAAAAACCACCAAGAUGUGUUCUAAGGUUGUUAUCGGAACAAUGUCAUUUACCUAGAGGUUGUGAUGCAUCCUAUAUUUCUAACUUGCAUACGGAAUUUGAAAUUCAUGAAAGAUAUGUCAAAGGUGAAGAUAGGCGUAAAUGGGAAACAGAAUUCGGCAUCCGACACUACGCAGGUUGUGUAACAUACAACGUAAAAGGAUUCGUCGAUAAAAACAGGGACGUCCAACAGGACGUAUUUUUCGACAUUGUCUCACGUAGUACGAAUGAAUUUGUUCAGGAUCUGUACACCUUUCAAGACUUGACCAAUACGGUACAACAACGAACUGGGACAAAUGGUCUCAGUACCACUUCUAGGGGGACAAGUAAAGGAAAACCUACUGUAUCGGAUACGUUUAGGCAUCAAUUACAAGCUCUAGUCGAUGUUCUUCAAUCUUCAACGCCUUGGUAUGUCAGAUGCAUAAAACCAAAUAAAGAUAAACUGCCAGAUGACUAUGAUGAUCAACUUGUACUAGAUCAAUUGAAAUAUUUAGGCAUGUUGGAUAUCAUUAGGAUUCGAAAGGAAGGUUUUCCCAUACACAUGAGCUUUAAUGAUUUUAUCAGUCGCUACCACUGUCUUUCCAAAAAUCGACUGCCACCAGAUCCUACAAAUGCCUGUUUAAGCCUAAUCGAGAGCUUUAAUGUACCGAAAACAGAAUGGCAACUUGGAAAGUCAAAAGUUUUCAUGAGAUCUCAUAUCCAAGAGCCAUUAGAAGAAGCUAGGAACAAGUUAGUGAAAGCAAAGGCAAUAACAAUACAAAAGAUAUUCAGAAUGCAUGUGGCAAAGAAAGAAUACCAAAGAAUUCGUAAGGCUGUGUUAAGAAUACAACAUGCAUAUAGAGGCUGGAAGCUUAGAAUAGAAUUUUUGAGAAAACGAAGAGCGGCAAUCGUCAUUCAAAGCCACUUGCGAGGCGUGUUCGCAAGAGAAGUAGCUUCGGCAUUAAGGGAGAUGCGAAGAGUGGAAGAAGAAAUGAAAAAGCGAGAAAAGUUGGAGGAAGAAAGAAGGGAGCGGGAAAGGGAAAAAGAAGCCAGGGAGCAAGAGGAGGCAGAAAAGAGGCUAGAAGAGAGCAAGACGAAUGGUCCUGCGUCACCACCGCCUAAGAUUGCCGAAGAAAAAGAAGAUCUCGAAGAAAGCGAAAAAGCCGCCGAACAAGAAAUUGCUGCGCUUUCUCAAAUGGCAGAGCAACUCAAACAGAGCCGUAGCGAUUCAGCUGUAGAAUCGGUGGACUUGGAUAAUCUAUUCGCCUUCCUGUCGGAUGUACAACCACAAAAUCGCAAUCAGAUCAUCGAUGAGAUUGGUGAAAAGAUGAACGAAUUAGUGGAAGAUCUGGAUGUUGAAUUGGAGAGUGUAAUUCAGCAAGAACUGGAAGGCCUAGCUCAAGACCAACUGACUACCCACCCGCUCCACCGACCGGUGACACCCAAACUCGCCGCCCCCACGCUUCCGGAACCUACCGGGCCUCCUCCACCACCCCCAUCUGCCUUCCAAAAUACCCCCGCAGAGUCUCCGGUGGCGGAAACUGCGAAGGAAGUGAAGAAGUCUGAUAGGGAUGAACCCAUCUAUGAAGCGGUGUUGCCUAGGGAGGACUCAGGCGUUGUGGCCGUUUCGCCGCCUCCAUUGCCUACGCCGCCCAAGUUGGAUGAUGAGAAAGUCACUAGGAGGAUCGUGAGGUCCGGCAGCAAUGUUUCGAAUCCAUCUUGGCGUUACUCCUACGAACAAUCACAACAACAACCUAUACAAAAACAGCAAUCACAAAGUCAACAGGUACAGCCACAAGUAACGAAUCAAAAACAACCUCAGCAGACGCCACAAAUGAAUGGACAUGGACUUCAAGAAAUACCAAACAACUCAGAAAGAGAACAGAGGCGUAAAUUCAGGGUUGAAAAGAAACUUCAAGAACUAAACGAAACCAACGAAAAGGAAGCAAAUAAUAUAGACGAAUCUCAUCAUGACUUGAUCGAAUUUGCCAACAAGUAUUUCAAUUCCCAUGAAAGAAGCCCCGAAGGGACUAUUAUGGCAACGUUAACGAGAAAACGCCAGAGCUCAGAAAUGAUUCCGAAAUACGAAAUGGUCAUUUACUAUAAGGGCAAUACGAUACCAAACUCUCAUAUACACAUGUACGAUCCUGAUAACGUGAAUGUGGCUUGCAGCAUAUUUAGGGACCUGAACAAGUAUACUCGUGGCGAACUAAACGGGGACAGAGAAUUGCAAGUAAUCCAAUCGAUCGUAGGGUUUGCACUAGAGAGAGAAGAACUUAGGGAUGAAGUUUUUGUGCAGUGUAUGAGGCAAGCUACAAAUAACCCCAGCACUGAGGCAACUGAAAGAGUUUGGUUGUUACUUUGCCUCUGCAUCGUUUCAUUUCAGCCGUCAAAGCUCCUUUAUAAGUAUUUCUUAUCGUUUCUUAAGAAAAACCUGAGUCAUUCAGGAAGGAUAAGUCAAUAUGUGCAAUGGUGUCUUGAUAAUUGCAACAAUACCAAGGUGACGGUGAGAGAACAUCCACCAUCAUCAGUUGAAGUGGCUGCGAUGAAACGGUUAGGUACAAUUGUCUGUCGGUUCUUCUUUCUGGAUGGUAGAACAAAAGCUAUUGACGUUCACCCUACUGACACUGCAGGUGAUGCUGCUAGGAAGUUAGCAGAACGCUUGGGUCUUAGAAACAUCGAAGGCUGGGCAAUAUAUCAGAGCAGACCUGAUGGCGAAGAGCAUGUUAGAGCCCAUCACUAUUUGUAUGAUGUCAUCGCGCAAUGGGAGCUAAGUCAAAAUAAAUCAACCCCCCCUACAGGCCUAGCAACAUUAGGUAGAAAAAGUGGGCAACCCAAUUGUGCUGGCGAAAAUAGGUUUAUAUUCAAACGAAGGUUGUUUAAAUCUAGUCGAGAACUAAGUCAAGAUCCGGUUGAAGUCAACUUAAUGUAUGCUCAAGCUGUCCACGGUGUCGUAAAGUCUGAUGAUUUCCCUGUGACAGAAAAAGUGGCGUUACAGUUAGCUGGACUUCAGGCACAAGUAGCUUUAGGCAAUCCCAAAGAUAAUAGCAAACUGGAAUAUUAUACUGACAUUGACACAUAUCUUCCAUAUAGAAUAAGUCGAACGAGGACAGAUGAGCAGUGGGUGCCUAUAAUAGCCCAAGCUCACCGCCAAUAUGGUGCAAAUCGAACAGAAUUGACAGCAAAAGCACUUUAUCUUUCGUGUGUAAUGCAGUACCCAUUAUAUGGAACCACUAUGUAUCCAGUGAUGUACAGAGGAUAUUGGUCAUAUGGAAAUGCUUUAACCUUAGGCAUAAACUGUGAUGGCAUCAUGCUUAUAAAGAAUGAUGAUAAAUUUGUUCUAAAUGAAUUUAGAUACCAUGAGAUUGAAAGUAUUUUAUUGGAUCCGAGUGACAGUUUCAUCACUAUAACGUUACAGCGUCAUCUGACGGACAAUGGUCACAAAUGUUACGUGUUUGAGACGACUCAGAAAAAUGAAAUUGGGUCACUGAUAGCUAGUUAUUGUCCGUCAUUGGCGGCUUGGAUGACAGAAAGUGAACCAAUUCCUAAGAGAUCAAAAGCUAUCACAAACGAAGACCGAAUCCGCCUGUAUCACAACCUAGUAAACUGCCGGCGGACUCUAAUCGACAACGACAUCCUACGCAAACCGACCGACUCAUCCAGCGGGUUCUUGCGCAACACCUUGAGAAGACUGAGCAAGCACAAGUUGGACAAACUGAGACAAGAGCAUGGAGGUGACAGCGGGGAAACCUACAAAGGCUUCCAUUACGCCUUUUGGGCGUUUAGUAGAAACCCGUUGCCGCAGAGUAUCAGCAAAUUGCCGGAGCAGGACGAACAAGUCAUGUUGCAGGUGUUCCAGAUCGUACUGACGUAUGCUGGACUUGGACAAAAUGGUGAAACAGUGAGACGGGUAGAAGACGAACACGUAACACUCCUCCAAACAAUCCUGGAACGAUCAAUGCGUAAGGACUCCUACCUGUGUGAACUGUACCUGAUGUUGAUCAAGCAGACCACUGACCACCCUGAUCCUAACUCUAGAGUAAAUCUGAGGCACUGGGCGCUAUUAUCACUAGCUUGUUCAGUAGUAUUACCACCUAACAAGGCUAUAAGAAGAUACUUGAUCGCACAUUUGAGAAGGUGUAGUUCGGAUUUCGUUAGUGAAGAAGGCAAGUACGCCAGGUUUGCCGAAAAAUGCCUAUCAAAAACACAAGGCACUCGAAGGAGACAGUGGCCACCAUCCAGAGAGGAAAUCCUCUGCACCAUUAACAGGCGACCAGUCUAUGCUAGAUUCCACUUCAUGGAUGGUCAGUACCAUUCCGUGGAGUUCCAUCCGUCUUCCACGGCAAAAGAUGUGCUCGAAAUCGUCAGGGAUAAAAUAGGGCUCAGUCAGGAUGCUAAAGGAUAUGCCAUCUACGAAGUUCUAGGAAAUUCCGAACGAUCCCUUGCUGCUGAAGAGAAAGUCACGGACGUUAUGGCUAAAUGGGAACGUUACAGGGCCGCCUCAGCAGCAAAUGCUACAAAUACUACAGGCACUGCAAAAAGGGCAAGACCUCAGCAUCACUUCUUCCUCUUCAAGAAACAUCUUUUCAUGGACAACUUCAUCAAUUUAUCUGAUCCAGUAGAGAAGGAACUGUUGUACCAUCAAGUUUUAUACGAUCUCAGGACGGACAGAUUCCCAGUUACUGACAAAGAAGCGAUGAUGUUGACUGCCCUCCAAGCCCAACUAGAAGUGGGCGAUUUUGAUGGAAACCUAUUGGACUAUCGACCUAUAGCCGCACAUUGUCUAUCAGCGAGAAUGGUGCCGGCAGUUUCUUUCGAAGGGGUUCAGAUGCACCACCAGUCCAUCAAGGGCAUGACAGCUUCCGAGGCAAAACAAGCCUUCUUGAAUCUCAUACAGAGCUGGCCACUUCACAAGGCAACCAUAUUUGACGUUAUGCAAUCUUUCACAUCUGGCUGGCCGAGAGUUUUGUGGUUAGCUGUGGACCAGAAAGGACUUCAUCUCUUGGAACACAGAUCUCGUAAUACCUUAUGUACAUACGAAUAUCAAAACAUCUUAAGCUACUCACCUGCGCUCAAUUGCCUAAUGAUUAUAACAGGAAAUGACCACGGAAAGCAGAGCAAAGUGAUUCUGACAACAUCCCAAGCAUUCCUAAUCGCGUCAUUGAUCCGGGAAUAUGCCGAAGUCCUUCAUGCACAGGCUGUAGAGGCCCAACGCCCUCCAGUUCCUGCGCAUAGACUGCAGCAGUCGCAAACCUUACAGGGUGGUAUGUUGGUGCCUCCACAGCCUAGCUAGAAGAGAGUUACUUUCGCAGAUCAGGUCCAAAAGGCCUGUUAUUAGCUCAGAAACACUAUCUUAUGAUGAGUGUACGGUGUUUGGCUGGAAAGGAUAAUAAAUUUUAUAUAGCAUACUGUUGGAAUAUUGGUUUUGUACAUUACAGGUAGUAAGUAACAAUAAGUUUAAACUUUAUGCUCGAUAGAAAUUGCAUAGUUCCAAAAAGUAUCUACCACUCAUUAGGAAUUCUACGAGGAAAAUGAUCCAAUGUUGCUGUGUGUAGUCAUGCAGAACACUAAAACUUGAUGUCUGCGUAAGUUAGUAACUGCUUUUUUUUAUAUAAUUUGAUAACCAUAUCUUGGGCCAUAUUGCGUACCCGCUUCUUCACUUCUCUGAGUACAACUCAUCUGCUCUAACAUUCUUGGCAACGUACGUAAUUGCCGCAUCAAGAAUCAAAUUAGGUACCCAAAUACUGACAAGGAAAAUGAGCCUCAGAAUAAAGAGGCCUCAAUUGAAGGAGCGACUAUGCAUUCAGCCCUAAACAAAAGCAAAAUGAAACAAAACCAUAACGUUCAACCAGCAUUAAAUCCAAGUCGUUCAUUGAAGUUGACUGAAUGAAGAAAAAAAUAAUAAAACUCGUUGACAUUUAUUGCAAGUUCCUAUAAAGCGACCAUUUAUCUCAAAAUCUCCAUUUUUUCAAUUCCAUAAAUUAAUCAAUAAUCCCAUGAUACUUUAGGGAACUAUUUCAAUGAAAAUGGUUUGUUGUUAAACCAUUUAUUGAUGGGUAAGUUAUAUAAAUAGUAAAACCAUGAUAAUAUCAAUGUAGAAGUCCUUAAUUUGCUACAUUUUGAUAUAGCUCUAGAAUGCACAGGAAAUGGGAACAAUAUUAUUAAAUGUUAAGGAUCGAGAAUUUCUCAGUUGUAAUUUAUAGAUACGAAACUAAUAAUAGUCUAAUCAUAUUAGACGAAAAUACCCCUGGUUUUCUAAAUAAUUGUAAAGUCUGGUUUUAUUUGCAGCAAGUUGUUCAAAGGGUAUUCAAAACAUGGACGCAUUAAACGGGUACACCAAUUUGUGCGGGAAAACUUUUGAUUCAACAACAAAGAAACAGAAAACGUGUUUUGUGGGAUUCAAUCGAAAGUGUUGGCAGGUACGAAAAAACUCUUCAUAUAAGAUUUUUAGGUAUUUAUGAGACCUAGAAAAUGACACCACACGUAAAAAGAUCCGACUAGUCAAAAAGGUGAUGGUCGAAAACCGAGGCAAACUGCAGGUUUUAGCACUUGUUUCUAAUGCGAUGAUGGUUUCUCGCAGAUAUUUGAAAUUCCUCAAAUUCGUAGGAUUCGUACUUCUAAAUAACCGCAACAAAAUUGAGUAGAUUGGUCGAGUAGUUUGUUAGAAUUUCUAAUUGUUUAUCCCAAAACACCUGUUUUCCGGCCAUCAAUACUACCUUAUUGAGCAAUAUUCAGGGUUAGUUCAAAGGGCAAUUUAUAGCAAAAUACACUAUUUUACCUUGCCGAUAAGAAUCGCAAACCAUUCCGGAAGAUAAAUGUUAUUUUUAUGCAAAAAAGGAUAGGUACGUUUUUUCUUCUAAACAAAUUCAGUCAUGUAUUUGUGAGUAAUUCGUAACUAAAGUUAUUGUUUUAAAAUUUCUAUAGUAACGAAUGUUUUCAAUUACUCUCAAAUAUGGAAUGCUUGAAUUUGUUUAGAAGAAUAAAACGUAACCUUUGUUUUUCGCAUAAAAAUAACAUUUAUCUUUCCGAAUGGUUUGUGAUUCAUAUCAGCACGGUAAACACGUGUAUUUUGCUAUUAAAUGCUCUUUGAACGAACUGUGUAUAUUGUUCAAUAAUCUAGUAGUGAUGACCGGAAAACAGGUGUUUUGGGAUAGACAAUUAGAAAUUCUCAAAAAACUACUUGACCAAUAUACAUACUCCAAUUUUGUUGUUGCCAUUUAGAAGUAAGAAUCCUAGGGAUUUGAAGAAUUUCAAGUAGUUGCGUGAAAUUAUCGUCGCAUUACCAACAAAUGCCAAAACCUGCAUUUUGCCUGGUUUUCCGGCCAUAACAUUUUUGCUAUUAGUCGAAUCUUUUUACGUGUGGUCUCAUAAAUACCUAAAAAUCUUAUAUGAAAAGUUUUUUCGUUCCUGUCAACACUUUAGAUUGAAUCCCAAAAAAUACGUUUUCUCAUUCUUUGUUCUCAAAUAAAAAGUUUUCCCACAAAAUAAAACAACUUGCACCAAUAAAAACAGACUUCACAAUUAUUUCGGGGAAGCUUACUAAUAUGCUUAGACUAAGUACCGUUGGACAUAAUCAAAUGACAGCCCGCGCACUGGACGACGCAAAGAGAAGUAACAGGUACCUUUUAACGCGUGCAAAUGACAAAUGUCGUCGCGUACCUUGAAAUGAAAUUAAGAUCGCAUUGUCAAAAAUAUAGUGUAUUCUAGAGGAAAAUUACAUUAAAUAAACAAAAAGGUUCUCCAAAAUAAACAGUCUUCUAUUGUAUAUGUACACUUACUGUAUAAUCUAGUGCAUGACAUCCGUAUGGCGAUUAAGAUACCUUUAAGCAUACUUUAAUGUUAUUUUGAACUUCUCCGAAUCGAGUGAUAGAUCUAACUGAUUAGUUAAGUAAGUAUAAUCAAAACAACAAUAAGUAAAUAAGUAACUGUUAUAGGUUGUGCUACGCUGAGAAAGUUUACACUGAGUGAGAAAACUAGUUCGAAAUUUAUAAAAAAGUGUUGUAUUUCAGAUAAGAAGAUUUCUACCAGCCAAACAUUUUUUGAGCUAAGAAUAUUACAUUUACCUAGUUAAUGAAUUGAAUGUACCAUUUCGAUUUUGUAUGUUGGUAAAUGUAUUGGUCUGCGAAAAUUUUGACAAUUGCUGUAAACCAAACCAAAUGACAAUUUGAAAGUAUUAUAAUUUUUCUGUUUGUACGGAUUUUUAGAUAUUUUUCAUAAAAGACUGAAUAGUCCAAAUAUAAGUAUAACUACAUUUUACGCAUAUAUACAUACAUAAUAUAUGCUGUUUGAUGUCCUACAUGAUCAAUUGUUAUUCAUUCCAAUGAAGCAGAUAUUUUUACAAAAUAUAUUCAGAUUCACCCAAAGAUGGUACCCAUCAUGCUUCGUAUAAGAAUACACAUUCAUAAUAACAAAAAUUUUUCUUGAAUUAUUAGUGAGCAAAUUUUUAAGCAUAAGCAAGGUAGAAUCUGUAAGAAGCAUGGGCCGAUUGGUCUAACAGUCUAGCCUUUACUUAUUGGCAUCAACUUUAGGUGGCUUCAAGUAUUCUUGAACAUAUCUGUAUGAACUAAAGAAUAUGAUUGAAAAAUAUGGGUACACAUACCUAAAGAUGCAACAAUAUUGGUGAUGAACGAUUGAAAGAGAGAUAAAUAGAAGCAUAAUGAUUUAUCAAGCUGUAAAGAGGUUGAAAUGAAAUAUAUGAUUGGUCUUGUGAGGACUAAGCUUCCAUACAUAUAUAGUUAUUACAUUUUAAAUGAUAGAUCUAAACUUGUUUGACCAUUUACAAAUGUUACACCAGCUAGUCAAAUUGUAUAUAAUCCAACAAAACUAUAUUAUUGUACAGCUGUUAUACUAUGGUGCGCACAUUGUUUUCUUUUUCAUGAUAUAUCAAGCUUUUGCUUCCCGUUUUUGUACAUUUUUUUACAAUACUUUUUUUAAAAUUGUGAUAUCCCUCAUUUUAUUUCUAUGAUUUUAUCCUAUUG